AUGGCGGUGGAGCGGCAGGGCGGCGGCAGCAGCAACGGCACGGCUACGGGGCCCUCGCUGGACGGCGGAGCGGGUUGCCAAAAUGACUAUGCGGAUGGAUGCACAGAGGCAGCUGCAAAACCCAUGACCGACUCUUUCAAGGCUGAUGAUCUUGUUAUCAACCCAUCUACCACGCUGAAGGAGAAGCCGGACCCAAAUGACUUAGUAUUUGGGACAGUUUUCACAGACAACAUGCUGUUUGUUGAAUGGUCCUUAAAAUCUGGAUGGGACGUUCCUCAGAUUAAGCCCUUGGAGAAUCUCUCUCUGCAUCCAGCCAUCUCAGCACUGCAUUAUGCUGUGGAACCAAGAGGAGUGACAGAGGCGAAACUGCUCCAAAUGCUAUGGCUCAAUGAAUACACACUGUUCGAAGGCAUGAAAGCAUAUCGAGGUGUGGAUGGCAAAAUACGCUUGUUCCGGCCGAGACUCAACAUGGACAGGAUGUUACGGUCAGCGGCGCGAGCAACUUUGCCAGGAUUUGACAAAGAAGAACUUCUGCAGUGUAUCCAGAAACUGGUGGAAGUUGAGAAGGAGUGGGUACCCUAUUCAACCUCUGCUAGCUUGUAUAUCCGCCCUACUUUAAUUGGGACAGAGCCUUCUCUUGGAGUCAAGAAGCCAUCAAGGGCCAUUCUCUAUGUGAUACUGAGCCCUGUGGGGCCCUACUUCUCAAGUGGCAGCUUCAACCCUAUCUCCUUGUGGGCAGAUCCAAAAUAUGUCCGAGCUUGGAAAGGUGGGACUGGGGACUGCAAAUUGGGAGGGAAUUAUGGCUCUUCAAUUUAUGCCCAACGUGAAGCCAUGGAAUUGGGGUGCCAGCAGGUUCUCUGGCUUUAUGGGGAUGACCAUCAAAUCACAGAAGUCGGGACGAUGAAUCUUUUCCUAUACUGGCGAAAUGAAAAUGGAGAAAAUGAGCUAGCAACCCCACCCCUGGACGGCAUCAUCCUUCCUGGUGUGACGAGGCAAAGCAUCUUAGAUCUGGCACGCAAGUGGGGUGAAUUUAAAGUAUCAGAGAGAUACAUUACUAUGAGUGAUCUCACAACUGCCUUGAAGGAAAAAAGAGUGAAGGAGAUGUUUGGGGCGGGAACAGCUUGCGUUGUAUGUCCUGUUUCAACAGUACUGUACCUGGGAGAGAAUUUCCACAUUCCGACCAUGGAGAAUGGACCUCAGAUAGCAACCCGUUUCUGGAACCAGCUAAGUGAUAUCCAUUAUGGGAGAGAAGACAGCGACUGGACGAUCCUGGUGUCAUGAAUGUGAAGGACGAGAACAUUUCAGCCUUCUGGAAAAGCACGACAAAGUGUU